CACCAAGCUGUGGAAAUAUGACUGCCCUGGAGUGUAAUUGACAUGAACCCAAAAACUGUAAGCAGGAUUCCGAGUAGGACAUGGAAGAGAGCUUUUAUUUGGCAGGACCAACACUAGACACCCAACCGCAAGUCGUCAGUACUGGAACAGAACUUGACCGAUCUCCCACAUUUCAAGCUAUCACAUCAGCGCGUGAGUUAGCAUUGUGGACGGCCACAGCAUCUUUCACUGCUCACGGCGCGAUCAACUGACCAGGUUGUGAUUAAGCCGGAAGGCUUGCGGGCUGCUCCGUUACGGACAGGUUCAUUGAUUCAGCCUAUGUAGGUUCAGGAGCGUUGAAAUCGUAGAGGGUUGUAGGGUUAUUGCUCGCUGAUGAAAUGAGGAGCAUGCGAGGUAGAGCACAGAGGAUGAGGGGUGAACUCACUGGUGGAAUGCGGGGGAGGGCCAAGGUCGGGUGGAUGGUUCUUGGAUAGGUUUGUACAAUGAAUGAGAGCGUUUGUGUUAUGUGAAGGAUUGGUGCAACCUGUCCAUACCGAUGCCCCUCUGAUAGUUUCCAGAAGCGAGACACUUGAAAAAUUUUCGUGUCUAAUUUGGGGUACUGCAUGGUGACACUGGCUCUAUGGAAGUGGAGCAUGAGGGAUCAUCAACACCUCAAACCUCCGGAGGGCAGUCUUCGCAAUUGCCACUUGAGAAGGAAUCACCACCUCCAGUGUUGUCGGCUACUAGUGGUGUAAGUGCUGCGAGGUUAUCAUCAUCAUCUGGGUCUGUGUGGGAGUCGACCGGUGAGAAAGGCCAUCAAGCCACCUCGUUCGCGUCGCCUGCUAUUCCUCCAAAUAAUCCUCUCUCCACUCAAGUUCGCCCCAGUCGUGUAUUCAGUGAGUCCUCGGAGCCACUCUUUGAACCCGAUGAGUUGCCUCGACCAGCUGAUGAGAGUGUAGAUUAUGAAGCCGGCGCCAAGGAAAUCUUGAGCACCUCACCAGAAUAUUUUUCCUUAGAGCAUCCGACUUUUGUCGCUGUAGUCGAACAGUUGUCACCUUCAAUCAUCCUGCCUCAUUCUGCUGCGCAGGACUCGCAAACCCUCUCCGAUCUACCAGUUUCCAGCACAUGCUCAGAUACUGUAGUUUCCUCAGGAAUAAGAUCUAAAGAGUUGCAGGUCUCAUCCUUACAACUGAGCUUGUUCAAUUCUGCCAUUGUCCCUGAGAAACAGACAUUUGAAGGUCUCUCAGUUGAGACGAGUACUCCCCUUACAGCACACUCUCAUGGCAUGUCUUCGGAGCCUCCAACACCUGGAUCUCCCCCUCUUCCUUCUCAGACUUCUCCUGCUCCCUCCCCAGCGCAGCUUCACGACAUUUCCGAGCCGCAUCGAUCACCCUCUCUCAAGGUUGCCAGCACUGGACCAUCGCAGUCCACGUCAACUUCCCCGGUAGCUUUGAGUUUGCCACGGCGAGAUACCACUGGAAGGUAUUCGUUUAGGGAAUCGGAACAUCAAAAGAGAAGGAAUCAGCCUGCGCUACUGGGAGGUCCAUCGUCGUCUAGUCGGGGGAACACGACUGAAGAGAAGAAAGCUGCCGAGAAUGAUUUGUCGUCAUUGGAAACCUCAUCAAAAAACUGCGAUGUAUACAUUGGACUAUUCGGGACGGACCUCUUGUUGGCUAGAUAUGCGAAGUGGAUGCAUGCGGAGCUGGAGUCCCACGGGACUUCAUGCUUUAUCGCCGACCGGUCCUUGUACUCUGAACAGCGGAGCCAUGACAUUGCGCUGAGUGUUCUUCAUUCAGUUACUUUUGGCGUGGUCCUCAUCACUAAGAAAGCGUUCCGGAAUCCGUAUACCAUCGAGGAGAUUAGCAUCUUCCUGGACCGGGGUAAUCUUGUGCCAGUGUUUUUCGAUGUAGCUCCUCCUGAUUGCCUGAUGAGAGACAUCGUGGAGAAACGAGGGGAGAUUUGGGAGGUCGACGGCGGGGAGCUUUGGAGUGUGUACAAGGGGGGUGAGAAAAGCUGGUCAGAUGCCGUGGAAGGGCUGUUGACGGUGGAAGAUAGGCGCGUGGAGGCGAACUGGCGGAAUUGGCGAGAGAGUAUUCGUCAAGUAGGAAGGUUGGUCGGUUCUUCAUUGGGACGACACAGCGCUGCGGACAUCGAGGAUCAACGAGAAGCUCACGAGGAGCUCCCGUGGCCAAGAAAUGCGUACUUUGCAGGGAGGGAAAAGGAGUUGAAGGUAGUGGAUAAAAUGUUGUUCUCUGGUGGCAAUGCUACGACUGUGGAUUCAUCAGGAACAGUUGCACAAACCUUGGCACGCAGGAGCGACGACUCCAGCAAGGCGGAAACAGAAGACUUGGAGGCCACUCGACUCUCAAAUUACGGUGAGUCUCACGAGGAGAUUGUUGUGUGGCCUUAUCAAUCCUCAGGUCAAUUCUCAGGACUGUGCAGGGAUCCCUUUCAGACCCAAAGCCAAUUAGAGCGAGGAAGAGAAGGCUUCAGUGGGAACUUGAAGGAACAUUCUGGUUCUCGACGAGGAACGUGGGGACGGUCGUCACGCGAGCAAAAGCGGCGUGAUUCUAACGAUCGGAGAGGAGAAAAUGACAAAUUCAGGUUCAGUCAUUACUGCGUAGUGACAGGAGCUCCCGGGAUCGGAAAGUCCGAGCUCGCGUUAGAGUAUGCAUACAGGAAUGCGCAGAAGUUUGAGAUGGUACUGUGGGUCAAUGGGGAAUCUCGAUAUCUCCGUCAAAACUAUCUGAAUCUAUCCAGUGUCUUGGGCGUGGACGUGGGUUCCACGGAGAAUCAGAGUCAGACGGGUAAUACUACAGGAAGGGGGCGAGUGAUGACAUUCGACGAGCGAGAGGCAGAAGCUGUGCAGACGAUUAGACACAAAUUGCAGACAGACAUUCCUUACCUUCUCAUCAUCGAUAACUUGGAUGCUGAGCGCGACCCUUUGGAUGGACGGGAUCUUACAGAACUUCUGCCACGACCAGGAAGCGCCACCCAUGUCAUCAUCACGACACGUCUACCUCGCGUCAUGCAUUUUGAUAUUUCUCUGGAGCUGCCCCACUUGUCGAGCUUUGAAGCGCUUACUCUCAUGCGCGACGGGAAGUGGGAGGAACGAUCCUUUUCCGUGCAACAGAUCGACAAGUUCAAAGAAUUUGAGGAUAAGCUUGGUCGGCUUCCGUUUGGGCUUGCCAUAGUGGGGAGACUCAUCAAUGAAUUCGAUAUGAAGCCCUCGGAGAUUCUUGCAAAGAUGGGGACGGUAGAAACCAAGAAAUCGUCGUUUACUUCUAAUUCCAUGGGUAGAGACGAUAUGGUUCUGCGCAGUAAUACGUUUCUGGUGAAACUUUUGGACGUGUGCUUCAAUCUCAUGGCUGGAGGAACCGGCGCCAAGAGCCUGGCAGUUCGCAUGGCGUAUGUGGGAGGAUGGUUUGGACCCAGCCCUUGCCCGCUCUGGCUUCUCGCAUUGGCUGCGAAUAAGCUUGAAAAGGAAUUGGGGGGACGGACGAAUUUUUUUAUUUCAAUGUUGAGCUGUUGGAUGUCGACAUCGAAUGGACGCUCCGAGGCCGAUGCUAGAGAUCUUUUGACUAGGCUCGGACUUGCGCGCGCCUCUGCUCGGGAUGAUAGUCUCUACUUCCCUGACAUCAUACAGUCUUAUUGUCAAAUGCGAGGAGGUGAACCUGCAGCGCGGUGCUUCGUGCGUGCUGUUCGCAAGAGUGGCAGCGUUGUGCUCCAUUACAAUCACUUCUGGGCCGCAGCCUAUCUAGUGCUACGAUUUGGCAGCGAGCCAGCCGUUGUGGAGAUGCAGGUGCCGGAUCUCAUUAUUUUCGCCCGGCGUCUUGUGUUGCCUCUCGCACAGCGUGCCUUCAACACUUUCUCCCGCUGCUCGGCUGCAGUUGAGGUCCUGCACCUGUGCUACGUGUUGUUGGAGGAAGUUGAGAAAUCGUACGUCUCGCAGAUAAAUCAGGACCGGUGGGAUCAAUCUCUAUGCUGGAGAUCCGGAAAUGCUGGCCCAUCGCAUCAGGUUGACGAGUACGAAUGGCGAGACCUGACCCUUCUGAAAGCCCACCUUCUGGAAUCUCGAGCCAAGCUCUUGAUGCGAGGCGGACAAUACGACGCGGGGGAGGAGCUUUGCCGCACAUGUAUAAGUAUUCGACUCGUUAUGCUGGGAGCGGAUCAUCCUGAAACCCUCGCUGCCCAGGAGACCUUCUCUAAAAUCAAAAGUGCUACAGAAGUUCCACAUAAACUGCAUCGCAAUCUUUUAAUUCUGGAUUAAACCCCACUUCUUCUUUUCUUCCUCGUCAUGAUUGCUUGCUUCUUUUCUUCCUUCCUUCCUCGUUAUUUUUUCUUUUUCUUUUUUCUUGGGACAAGUUGAUGCAGAGAACACAGGGAUGGUGAUCAAUUAUGAUCCCACCGUCUUUCAAGCAUCAACCAGUCAAGGACGUUCGAGUUCUGGGAAUGAACGGAGAGGACCCAACACGUCCCUUCCUGAACCCAGGAAUGGUUCAAACCUUCGGUUACGAUGAAGAGAAAUGUUUUUUUUUCUGCAGUAUCUCAUGAGUAACGAAGGUUAUUGAGCAAUAUGCCGUUUCAGGUUGUGUUUGUGCUCCCAGUACGUGAAAUGGAGUUUUUUUCAGCCUGAAGGAUAUUAUUUUCAUCAAACGGUUACCUCAUUGGUACUGAGUUAGACGGUGUGUAGAAAGAGUUUAUUCAUUUAGGGUUGGGUUCUUCUGAAUGGGCGGUGGUUUCCAUGAAGCCCCAUGAAGAGAGAUUGAUGGAAGGGAGAAGAGCAGAGAAGUCGUCAUCAGUUAUUUAGCGGAUCAAUUGAGACGUUUGUAGGUUAACAUUCAUGCCGUAACUGUAUGUAAUUGCUUGUUACUCAUGACUUGCAUUGGCAACGCUGUCAAGGCUCGGGGAAUUGGGUAGUUGUAUGUUAAUUUGUGCGUUGAUUACCAGCA